GAGACCUCCAACUCGCGCACGCACGCAACAGGAAAAUAGGAAACUGACGGACGCACGCACAUCACGAAUCUUCAGGAGACGCCAGCGAUCGCGAGGCCGCCGCCGAUCUAACGCGCACACGACGCACGCAAGAUCAAUCUGCAGAAGUGCAGAGUCUAGACUCCAGCGCUCACGCCGGCCGCCGGCGCCGCCGUUCGCCGCUGACUCGGCUACCGCUGGACAGCUCUCCUGUGCGCAGUGUGCUGUUCGCCCAAUCUACUGCUUCUUUACUGCCGUAACUUGAAAAACAAGAUGAAGAGAUUUUUUUCACCGUUGUCUCCAACGAGCGUGUCCACACCUAUCAUUUUAGAUGGAGGGAAUCAAGUGACAGAGGAGGCUGAAUCAACACCUGAAACUGAAACUACCAUUGAAAUGGGACCACCGCCUUCGACUUCAAGCGACCCACCUGCAAUGUCAACUCCAGAGAGUAACAAUCUUGGUAAUCCCGCUGAUGCCCGUGAUCAAUUCUGUAAAAGUGAUAUUGAAGCUGAUCCUGGUCUUAGGAAACCAAUUGAAAGCUUAGAUCCGAACAUUAGAGAUGCUGCUAGAAGGAUUUAUAUAAAUAUGGGUCCAUGCCAACCAACUGAUCAUAAAUAUAAAAAAACACCCCAAGGAAAUUCUUCAACGAAAAGAAGCUUUCAUGCUAAUUGGUUCAAGAACCAUGGCGACUGGUUGGAAUAUAGUGUUGGUAAAGAAGCAGCCUUUUGUUUCUAUUGCUUUCUUUUUAAGCAACCAAGAGCGGAAAAUUAUGGUAUUGAGGCAUUCACAAGGGUAGGAUUUAGAAAUUGGAAGGAUGGACCUAGUGUUCUUGAUACACAUGUUGGUAAACAUGAUAGUGCUCACAAUAAAGCUAGACAACAAUACGAGGCUUUCAAAAAUCAAAGGCAAUGUGUGGCGCAUGUGAUGGAUCGUGGUAGCAAAAAGAAUGAACAAGACUAUAAAGCGCGUCUUAUCAUUAUUUUGGGUAUUAUUAGAUUUCUUCUAUUACAAGGUCAUGCUUUUCGUGGUCAUGAUGAGAGUUCAAGCUCAAACAAUAGGGGCAACUUUUUGGAGUUGAUGAGUUGGUAUAAGAAGAAGGAUCCAAUUGCUAGGAAUCUUCUUGAUAGUGCAGGCGGUAACCAUUUGAUGACUUCACAUGAGAUACAAUUUCAGUUGUGCCAAGCUUGUGCAGAAGAGACCACCAAAUCCAUUAUUGCUGAUAUUGGAGAUAGAAAUUUUCUUUACUUGUAUGUCAACAGUUAUGGGUACACGAUCGAGAGGUUUAUUCAGAUUAAGCAUGUUGGUGACACAAGAGCAGCUUCUCUAAAGGCAGCUUUGGAUGGUAUGUUUCUUGAACAUGGUUUAUCUAUGUCUAAAUUGAGAGGACAAGGGUAUGAUGGAGCUUCUAACAUGAGAGGGCAAUUUCGUGGGUUGCAAAAGUUGAUACAAGAUGAAAACCCUUAUGCAUUUUAUAUCCAUUGCUUUGCCCAUCAGUUGCAGUUAGUGGUUGUUGCUGUUGCCAAGUGUUGUUCCUCUGUAACGGAUUUCUUUAACCACAUAACUUUGAUUGUCAACACCGUCAAUGCUUCUUGUAAGAGACAUGAUGAACUAGCUCAACAACAACAUGACAAUAUUGUAAGCCAAUUGGAAUCUGGGGAAAAAAUUUCAGGAAGAGGGAAAAACCAAGCAACCAACCUUGUACGACCUGGGGAUACACGAUGGGGCACACAUCAUAAAACUUUGUGUCGCUUUCUAACUAUGUGGAAAUCUGUUUUGCAAGUGUUAGAGAACAUUCAUGAUGAUGCAGAAAAUUUAACACAAAGAAGCACAGCAGGUGGCUUAAUUUCUCAGAUGGAAAGCUUCAAAUUUGUUUUCAUGUUGCAUCUAAUGAUCAAACUAUUGGGCAAGACUAAUGAGUUGUCACAAUGUUUGCAAAGGAAAGAUCAAAACAUUGUUCUUGCAGUGAGUUUGAUCGGGGUCACAUUGCAGAAACUUCAAGAUAUAAGAGAAAAUGGUUGGGAUCAGCUCUUGGAAGAGACAAAUGAAUUUUGUGUUAAACAUAGCAUUCUAUUGCCAAACAUGGAUGAUACAAUACCAGCUCGAGGUCGUUCAAGGGGGCGUGGUGGUCAAAUGGUAACUUAUUAUCAUCGCUUCAUAUAUGAAUUGUUCAAUGUUGUGCAUGACCAAGUUAUUACUGAGUUAAAUAACCGCUUUGCUGAGAUAUCUACUCAAUUGUUAAGAUGCAUUGCUUGUCUUGAUCCAAGGAACUCAUUUGCUAAUUUUGAUGAAGACAAACUUGUUGAACUUGCUAAGAUGUACGCUGAUGACUUCUCCACAUAUGAGAUUUUGUUUGUCCUUAGAAAGCAGCUUGAAACAUUCAUUGCGGAUGUGAUAGCUAAUCCAAUUUUUUUGAGUUGUAAUGACCUCGGUAAUCUUGCUGUGAAGAUGGUUCAGACUGGUAGACACAUUGUUUUCCCUUUGGUAUAUCGCCUCAUUGAGUUACAUUGAUUUUGCCUGUUGCAACCGCAUCGGUGGAAAGAGCUUUCUCAGCUAUGAGUAUUAUCAAGACAGAGUUGAGGAAUAGGAUGAGUGAUGACUGGCUUAAUUAUAGGAUGGUUUGCUAUAUUGAGCGAGAUAUAUUUGCAACUACUGACGAUGAUGAUAUUGUAUAUCGAUUUCAAUCAUAUAGGUCUCGCA